AUGAAGACUUCAACUCUCGCCAUGGCCGCUUUUGCGCCAAUGGCUUUUGCCGGCCGAUUCAUGGCACGACGAGACCACCCUGAACCCGCCAUGGCUAUGCCUGCCAUGGAGGCUCCCGCUGCAGCUCCUCCUGCUGAGCACCCCGCUGCUGCUCCCGCUCCUCCUGCUGAGCACCCCGCCGCUGCUCCCGCUCCUCCUGCAGAGCAUGUUGCUGCUCCUCCCGUGCAUCCUGCACCAGUUGUCGAGGCUCCCGCACAGGUUGUCCACCCCGGUGUCACCAAGGAACACAAGACCGAGAUCAUCAUCAUCUGGCAAAACCCUGGAGCUGGUGCCGAGACCACAACCAUCGCCGAGAAGGUCACAGUUACCGAGACCGUGACAAAGGGCGGAGAGGUCGCUACUCAGCCUGCCGCCGCUGCCUCGCACACUGUCACCGUUGGAGGCCCUGGUGGUCUUGUCUACUCGCCCGAGGAGCUCCACGAUAUCCCUAUUGGUGACACCGUUGUCUUUGAGUUCCUGUCACAGAACCACACUGUCUCGCAGUCCGGCUUUGAGACCCCUUGUGAUCUCAUGACCGGUGGCAUGGACUCUGGCUUCAUGGCCAACCCCAACAACACUGUCUCUCCUCCUCCUCAAGUUGCCAUGCAAGUCAUGGUUGACACUCCUCUUUGGUUCUACUGCAAGCAGGGCAACCACUGUGGUCAGGGCAUGGUUUUCUCCAUCAACCCCAGCGCCGAGAAGACACAAGCCAAGUUCAAGGAGUUGGCCAUUCAGCAGAAGGGUGACGGCAAGCUUGCUCCUAUCCAAGGUGGUGAGCCCGCUCCUCCCGCCGCGUCCAAGCCUGCUGAGGCUGCUCCUCCCGCUGCUCCUCCCGCUGAGGCUGCUCCUCCUGAGGCUACAGGAGUUGUCCCCGGCAAGGGCACCAUGGCUCCCGAUGGCAGCUGUGUCUGCCACGUCUCUUGUGCAGCUGGCGCUUUCCCUGCCGCUGCCCAAGGCAUCAACUCAUUCGGUGGCAUGGCCGGAGCUCUGCCUUACAACAUGGGUGGUGUGAGCUAA